GAUUUACAAUGUCAGGAAGAGGAAAGCAGGGAGGCAAAGCGAGGGCUAAGGCAAAGUCUCGCUCCUCGCGGGCUGGGCUGCAGUUCCCGGUGGGUCGAGUGCAUCGUCUGCUUCGCAAAGGUAAUUACGCUGAGCGGGUGGGGGCCGGAGCCCCGGUCUAUAUGGCCGCGGUGCUGGAGUAUCUGACCGCUGAGAUUCUCGAAUUAGCCGGCAACGCUGCUCGGGACAACAAGAAAACCAGGAUCAUCCCCCGUCACCUGCAGCUCGCCAUCCGUAACGACGAGGAGCUCAACAAGCUGCUUGGCAAAGUGACGAUCGCUCAGGGGGGUGUCCUGCCCAACAUCCAGGCUGUGCUGCUCCCCAAGAAAACUGAGAGCCACAAGGCCAAGAGCAAGUGAAGCUGAUCAGAAAGCAGCAAAAAUCUUCAGUUCAAAACCAACCCAAAGGCUCUUUUCAGAGCCACCCACAAAAAUCAAAAAAAGGGCUUAAUUAUCUGUAACCAUCACACUUUUAAAACAAUAACUUUUUUUCCUUUCUGGGAAUAAAUGAUUGAAUUGGAGUUACAAUAGCUGGAAUAGAGGUAUCUGAACGAAAAUUUAACAAUUCUGCAGAAGUCUGUUUUCCUACAAACAAGACAUUGAGUCUCUCCUAAUUUGAAAUACGUGUUCGUAAGGUUUGUAGAAGACAGAAACCUCCCGGACAGUGAGUUCACUUUCCUUUUUGUUUAAUUGUUCGGCUGGUCUGUGUGAAAAGGCGGGAAUUCCUAAUAUGACGGUAACCUGUUACUAGAUGUGGU